UUAAGCAGAUAAAGUUACUUUAGCCCUGUUUUACAUUUCAAUGCCAAUUUGAAGUUUCCUAGUGUAAAAGAAAACACCACGUCAUCACAGAAAUCUAACACAUGCAAUGAGAUCCAGCCACGUACACGGAUAAGGUGACCUGUUAAGUUUUGUACAUACGUCCAUUGACGAAAAGUUUUACAGGUGGUCGGUUAUAAUGUUUUCGAAAUUUAGAAAUGUCCAGAAGAAUCCCAUAAUAAAUUAACUAACCUAAUUACAUUGCCUCACGGAAACGUCUGAUAAGUAAAAUUAAGUUACUCUAAAGCUGCGUUGAACUUGCUUUUUUCUCAAAACUCAUUAGGUCUCUCUUCCCCAAGUCCCCCCGCUACUCUCUCUCACUUUUUCACUUUUUCACCUCUCUGUUUUCGCAUCAAGAAAGUGGUGAUAUUUACAAAUCAAUCAAACAGAGACUCAAUUUAUUUGACUAUAUAAGUUUGACAAACCCUAACGGAUCUUUUCUCUUUUCUUUCUUACACCAUUUCGUGCUUCUCCCAAUCCAAUCACUGCCCUCUCUCUCUUUCUCUCUUUGGGGAAUUCUUACUUCCAUGACCUCUCUGUCUCUCUCUCUAAUCUUAAAUGUUCGUUGUUUUUUAUGUAGGAGUUUCCUUUUUAGAAUACUGAAUCUUACUUUCUUCCCAUUAAAGUCUUAACCUUUUUGCUAUAUUUAGUAAACAAGAUUUUUUCAUAGGGUUUAGGGUUUAACAGUAUAGACUUCGUACGCAAACUUUCUGACUAAAACUUUUUCCUUUUCUUUUAUUUUUUUAAAAACAUAAUUGAACAGUCAUCGAGAUUUAUCUACACUGAAGAUUUCAGUCUAGAUUUUUCCCAGAUAAAACAUAGCUGAGAUUUAUUUUCACGGAUUUUAAUCAAACGUCCACAGAUAAAUAUGUCGUCUUGCGUAAGCGGCGGAGCCGCCUAUAGCUUUGAGUUAGAAAUGAUGAAAUCGCCGCCGUCACACAACACUCCUUCACCGUCAUCUACAAUCUCCGAGUCAAACUCUCCUCCGUUCUCAAUCUCCACGAGAAGGCCACGAACUCCACGGAAACGUCCGAACCAAACAUACGACGAAGCUGCGGCUCUUCUUUCCACCGCUUACCCAAAAAUCUUCUCUUCCAAGAAAACAAAAACUCAGAUUUUCGGCAAUAACAAAUCUCCUUUAAGUGCUUACGACGAAGCUUCUCAGUUGCUUAUUCCGUACGCAUCCAUCGAGGAGAACGAUUUUCUGUUCAAUCCCACCAUUCCAACGAAAGCAGAACACUUCUCAGAGCAUAAGGAAGUCUGUUUUGAUGACUCGGAGGUGAUUAGGAUUGGGAUUUUCGAAGAUUUCGACGCGGAAUCGAUUUUAGAUGAAGAGACUGAAGAAGGGAUCGACAGUUUUAUGGGGAAUAUUGAAUCUAACCACGGAGAUUCUGGCAGAAUCGGUCGAUUAGAGGAAAUUAUGAAGAAUGCUUGGAACGGAAGGUUUCGUUUAGGGCUAGGUUUGAGGAGUUCUCUCCGAGAAAACGACGACGGGAACUGGUGGAAAUUUCCCACCGUGGAAUUUGAUCAGAUCUCGCCGAAAAUUCAGACCACCGCCGCUGCAACUGAUGAUGGUCAAUCCAAUGUCCUCGAUAGUAAUAAUAAUAAAACCAUCGUGACUGCGGAGGGAGGCAAGAGAAAGAAAAAGAAGAAGAAGAAAACGAAAGUGGCUCCGCCGACGGCGGAAUUAGAAGUUCCGGACUCGAGUCCAAAGAUGGAGCAGAGAGUGAGUCCGUUGUUGAAGCUCGACUACGAUGGAGUUUUAGAGGCUUGGUCAGGUAAGGAGUCACCGUUCUCCGACGAGAUUCUGGGUUCCGACGCCGCCGGAGUCGAUUUUCAUGCAAGGUUGGGUGAGAUAGAUUUGUUCGGAGAAAGUGGAAUGAGAGAAGCAAGUGUGUUAAGGUAUAAAGAGAAGCGAAGGAACCGACUCUUCUCCAAAAGAAUCCGAUAUCAAGUUCGCAAACUCAACGCUGAUCAACGCCCGCGUAUGAAGGGACGAUUUGUGAGAAGGCCCAACGCAAGGAAUUUAAGUGGGCUACGAUUAUAAGAAUAAGAGCCGAAAUAACUUAAGCUCUUUGAUUCUCUUUUGGUUUUGUUUAUUCACGUUUAGUUGUUUUGUUUUUGCAGACUUUUGCAAUUUCGGUCUCCAUUUUUGUUCCUUUUUACUAGCCCCCUCUUGUUUUUUUUUUGUCCUAAGGGAAUGGGGAAGACAUUAGUUGAUUCGAUACAGUUAAGAAUCAUAACGAAUACAACUAUAUUUUGUCU